UCACCAUCUUCCUCUUGGACUAGAAGACAUGCCAGAAUAAAUACAACAUGCACCACAGAUUGAAGAGCCAGGGAACUAAAAUACUCUGUCUCUCAAGAGUAUUCAAAGAGAAUCUUUGGUUUUUGUUGCUGCAGCUGUAGCACUUGUCCCACAACUUGUUUGUAAAAACAAAAAAGAGCAGGAAUGAUUGAUUUCAAGUCUUUUGAACACUUGAUGCAAAAAAUAUGCAAGAUGUUUUAGUUCAGUUGAAAGGGUAGCCUACAUUACGUCAUGGGCAGUUUGGUGAGCUGUGGAAAACUGAUCUAGGCUACAUGUCCAAGAACACCAUGGAGAGAUGUAGGAAUGCAACUAAGGGCAUUUUCAGGAUUUACAAGACGUUUGAGUGCAUUAGUCUAUGACUCCACCUGCACACUCAAACAUGUCCAAAUCAAAGCAUUCUUAAAGUUAAUUGCAUAGGCCUAGGCUACUCUGGAAUUUAGGUUGCUUUAUUAAAACAAAGUCACAACUCCAGCCUACUUUUGAAACAGCUUACAUUUGUGGAGUUGUUGAGUCAAUCAAAACACUAUGCCUUAUUACUUUAAUCGCCAUCUAGUUCGGCACCAAGGGGUACUUUCAGAUCCGUUGACCUACCUACGUUAUUGCGCAACAUAGCCUAAUAAACAAACAAACAAACAAAAAUACAGGAAUGAAAAUAGUAAGCGAGUGGCCUAAAAAAUACAGAAGCCUAUGUUGCACUACAUCCACUAGGGGCACAAAACUAUCCUCGUGCGCUUCAGGAUUUCAUCUAGAACGGAAGCUAAACAAGGACAAAGAUGGCGCAGCCUUCAGACGCGAUGACCAACCUCGUUGAGCAUAUGAAAGAUGCUGUUACCGAAGAGUUCGGUGAAAAGCAUUUGAAUUCUUUAAAAAGUUUGACCACGGCCCUGCGUGUCCCGGACUUCAGGGAUAGUGUUAAAGAUGAUGUCUUUAAUGGACUCCAAAUGGUGCUGGAAAAGUCAUUCACUGAGAUAAAGAGACUGGUGGAAGAAACUGAAGAGAACUCAUCAAUGUGCCUUCAGAUUGCUACAGAAUGUUUCAGAAGUCUGAGAAAUGCAUGCAUCCAAUGUCACCACAACCAGUGUCGAUUGAGGGAACUGGGUUUUAUUGAAACGACAGUUGGAAUUCUCAGUGUAUUGUACAAACGUCAGCACCGAGAAUCAGACUACCUCUUUGAUACUUUGCGCUGUGGGAUCCAAUUUCUUGGUAAUUUAGCAGUACAGAACCAGAACUGCAAAGAUGACAUUUGGGCGCAUGGUUUUCCUCAACUCUUUUUGGGACUUUUGGACAUACAAGAUGAGAAAGCCAUUGCAUAUACUUGUAUGGCUCUUCAUACCUGCUUGAAUGAGCAUAAAGUGGAACAGUUAACAAAACAGCCAGACUGCUUUGCAGUAGUCCUGAAGGUCAUGGAGCUCUGCAGGACACAACCAGAGCUAGACUGGACGAUUCUGAUCGUUACGGAGCACUUCCUCAAGUCUCAAGCGCUCAUUGAGAAGAUGCACUCUGCCAUGAGCCCGCAGGAAUGGUUGACCCUGCUGGAGCUGAUUUCAGCUCACCUGGGCGAGGGGGGUGAGGAGUCUGAGCAGUGUGGAAUCCUUCCAGCCACAGCAGAGUUUUUGGCCUCCAGCUUCAAGGACUGUUGCAAAUCAGUUUUGCUUCUCAACUCUGGUUCCUCUUCAGAUGAUGAGGAGGCUAUUGUUGUGAUCCGACUCCUGGACAUUCUCUGUGAGAUGACCGCAGACCUGAAAAAGUUCAUGUUUCUGCAGGAUUAUCCAGAUCUACUUGAAACUACCCUUGUACUUCUGAAAGAGGUGCAUUUUCUCGGGAGGGAAGGUGGAAAUGUUUUCAGCUCGGCUCAGAACUUCUCUCAGAUGGAGACAGGGGGCGCCUCCUCUCACCCCAUUGUCAGUUUUAAGGCCCAUCUGGUGCGGCUGAUUGGAAACCUGUGUCACAGAAACAUCGCUAAUCAGAACAAGGUCAGAGAUUCAGAUGGCAUAGCACUUAUUCUUGACAACUGCAGCCUUGAUAGCAACAAUCCCUUCAUAAGCCAGUGGGCUGUAUUUGCCAUUCGGAACAUUCUGGAUAACAACGUGGAGAACCAGCAAGUGCUUCAGACUCUGAAGAGGCAGGGUGUGGCAGAUGACUCCGCCCUGAGAGAGAUGGGCUUCCGGGUAGAGGAGAGGGACGGCGGUCUUCUUCUCCGACCUGUCAAGAAGGACCCCAAAUCCUCCUGAAGAGCAGAGCUGACAUGCCUGAGCCGUCAUGCCAUCAGGAAGCGCAGGUGCUCCCCUCCCCCUUCAUCCCCUACUUGACCCAGUGUAAGACCUCUGGACAAUGUUGCCUUGGCUGGACACAAGACAUGAGUGUAUGUCUUGAGUCACCUGAGGCGUUUGGGACGCCAGUGGGACACUGUUCACAGGAGGGAAAACUGACAUCAGUUGCUUACGUUUUUUUCUUAAUUCUUUUCUGAAUUGGUAAUUGGCAGUGGAGACUCAGGCUAACACACCGAUGUGCACUUACAGUCAUGGUCAUUUGAUGUCCUGCACCAACAGUGGUCGUAGGUCUACAAAGUUCACGGGGAUCUCAGUAACGGCUCUUUCCUGAGUUAAGUGUUGCUUUGAGGAGAUCAUUUUUGGCGUGUAUUUCCCAGAUGAGGAAUCUUAAUACCAUCGCUCUUUCAGAAUAAUGUGAAACUAUCCUCUGUAAACAAACUUUAAACAUAAAAUCGGAUUUGAUCUAAAUACAAGAACUACAGGGGGCUCUGUGUCUAAAUCUGCGUUAACUUAAGUCAAGCCAGAGUACAGUCUCUAGUGGCUCCAGUUUUAUUGUCUCCAAUUGAGUCCUACCCAAGGACUGUAAAUGGAUUCAAGUCUCCAUGCCGGCAUAAAUCAGUCUGUUCUCAUUUCACUGGGUGUCAUAUGGCAUAUGCCUUUUGACUCGAACUGGAACAACAGAGCCGUCGUUCACAGUGAAUCGGACCAGAAGUAUGAGCUCGCAGAAUGACAGCCCUUGCCCCAUGGAUAAGCUGAGUUGUCCUGACACCACUACAAUGGCCUGCUUUACAGACCCAUCCUCUCGCUCAGCCCCCCUGUUUUCUCUGCCUCAUAUUUUUUAAUGACAAAAUGUUUGUGUGAAACAAUCGGGUUUACUUUCCCCAAUCCAGCGUAUAGUGACGGGAGCUUAUGCGGUUCCGGUCCCCAGGAUUUCAGACGGUUAACAAAACACAUCUUUACUUCUGCUCUGCUGGCUGCCUGCAAUGCUUUUCACACACAGGAAAAGCAGCGCGAGGGCUGGCUGGCUGACUGAGGUGGAGUCAGUGGCUUUUCAAGCGUUUACUGUGCAGGACAGCAGGCAGGAGCAAAGGUGCAGUAAACUAGCAUUUCUAGAUCUGACUCCAGUAUCAUCAUUAUUAUUAUUAUUAUUAUUAUUAUUUACUACAAAACUCAUGGCAUCCAAAACUGCAAAGAUGGGAGUGUGAAAAGAUAUAUGAUUUUCAAAAUAACUGUGUCAGAAUGGUCUCUUUGCUUUGCACAAUAAAAAACUGAAACCCUUUCAAUA